AUGAUCGACGAGUAUUUGUUUUCUGAAUCAAUCCACACACUACAUUUCAUGGGCACUUCUUCAGGAUCUCAUUUCAACAAUCAACCUUCACCAACAAUGCUACCUCCACGUCAGCAAGUAAGAUCCACACCUCUUCACACCUCCUUAUCACUCAUUCCACUUCCAACAGAUGCUUCCGGAUCACCAAAUCUUCAAGAACGCGGCUCAAAUUCCGAUCAAAUCCGCGAAUCACCAACCGAAAGUGCAAGCUCCCGUGACACCUGGCCCGACCCUUUAAUCCCAUCCAAAAAAGAAAAUGACAAUACCACCCCUGAGCCCUCUGUCAUCCGCCGUAUCUCAGGAUCAGAUAAAAUGUCCAUCAGAGAUGUAUGUAGGGAAAGAGUGGAUCUAAUUUCAGAAAGAAUGCAGAAUCUACCUUACGAGUUCUUAGAGAAGCUAAAGAACGAUCUUCGAGUUCUUAUUGAAGGAUCCGGUGGUCUUCAACACCGAGAAGAAUACAUUUCUCUUCAGAAAACGGUUCUGGGUCGAGGUGAUUUGACCGAAAAGACCCUCACAAUAGCUCACAGAGGCCAACUAGAGAUUCUAGUUGCUGUCAAGACUGGAAUACAAGCAUUUUUACACCCAACUUUUGAUUUUGAGGUGAAUACAUGUCGAUGGAUUGGGUGUGAUGUGUGUUCUCAUUGGACACACACAGAUUGUGCUAUAAGAAACGGGCAGAUUGGUGUGGGCCCGGGUAGAAACGGGGCAGGAUCCGGAUCCGGGUCCGGGUCCGAGGAGAUGCUCUUUAGGUGUCGGGCAUGUAUGAGGACUUCUGAGUUAUUCGGGUGGGUGAAAGAUGUGUUUUAUCAGUGUGUUCCUUUGUGGGAUCGUGAUGCUUUGAUUAGAGAACUUGAAUAUGUUAGAAGAAUAUUUCAUAGAAGUGAAGAAGUUAAAGGGAGGAAACUUUAUUUCAAAUGUGAAGAACUUUUGGAAAAAUUGAAAACCGGGUUAGGUGAAGGUGUAGCUUGUAAAUCCAUAUUGUCAUUUUUUCAAGAAAUGGACACGGGGUCCCCACAAGAAACCGAAGAAGGGCGAUUAAUCCCACCACAAGAAGCUUUCAAUCGAAUAGCCGAUGUAGUCCAUGAAGCAAUUAAAAAAAUGGAAAUGGUAGAAGAAGAAAAAAUACGAUUAGUUAAAAAAGCGCGAUUAGCCCUAGAAGCAUGUGAUCAAGAACUCAAAGACAAAUCCCGUGAAAUGACAUCACUUAACAUGGAAAGACAAAAAAAGAAGCAUCAAGUGGAUGAGCUUGAAAGCAUUGUGAGACUUAAACAAGCGGAAGCGGACAUGUUUGACUUAAAAGCUAGUGAAGCUAGAAGAGAAGCCGAGAGACUUCAAAGGAUUGCUCUUGCCAAAACGGAAAAGUCGGAGGAUGAUUAUGCAAAUAGGUAUUUGAAACAACGGUUGCAUGAGGCGGAAGCUGAGAAACAAUAUUUAUUUGAGAAAAUAAGGUUGCAAGAGAGUUCAUCGAGGGUGUCACAAGGUGGUGAUCCGAUGUAUAAUAAGAUCCAAGAUUUGCUUAAGAACAUGUAUACCGCACCUUCCAAAGGAGACUGA